ACUCACACGGCCCAACUUUUUUUCUCUUCUUCGGUCCAGCAAAAAAACCAUCUUUUUUUCCUUCAAGCUUUUUUUUUGUUUUGCUUUUGUCCCUUUUUUGGUUUUCUUUUUUUUCCGGUGAAGGUGUGAACAGGACGGCGGCGACGUCUUCCUCGAACCAGCAGCGCGACUAAGGGCGGCGGUUCAGAAUCUGUUAUCGAUGGCGGCGGCGGCUCCAUCUGCCGCUGCUCCUGCGUGCGGCGGUCGGUACGCAAACGGCGGCGACGAUCCUCGCGGCAACGGCGACGACGAUCCUCACGGCAACGAAGGUAAGACCCAGCGGCGACGAUCUGAUCUAACGGAGGCGGCGCGAUCUGAAACGGCGUGGCUUCGCGGCGGCUCCUCAACCUGGCUGCGGCUCUGCGGCUGGACUGCCUUCUGCACGGCCUCGCGAUCCAAGAGGUCGACGGCGGCGCUAGAAGGGAUGCAGCGGCGGCUCGCAAACGGUGGCAAACACCUGCGCAGAUCUCCCCUUCUCGAACAGGCGGCGCUACACUCCUUCACAGCGGAUUCGCAGCGGCUCCUAUUUUUUCUUCAGGAGCACGAUCCAGCCUUCAGAUCUGCAAAACCUUAGGGUUCAACGGCUAAUCAAUCUGAAAUUGAUGACUCUACAAUAGAUGGUAAUACAACCACCGAGAAAAGUCAUGACAAGGAUUGAUGGAAUAAAGAUGAUGAAGCUGAGAGCGAUAAACUUGAAGAUGUAGACAAUGACGAACAUUAAAGCUUUGGACUAUAUCUUCCAUAUCAAUGCGUAUUUUAAUUUAGUUCACUUUGACGGUUUAUACUUUAGUUUGAAACGUACGCAAAUGAUGAACUAAUUUUGAGAUGUUGGUUUACUUUCUAUUAAAUGGGUUACUUGUAACGCUUUGAAAUGUUAUCGUAUUAUGUAUUGUUGUUAAUACAAGUAUAAGUAUUAU